UACAAUAGUAAAAAUGAGUCUAAAGCCACAGUGAAAGGAGUCUUGUGCUACCAUAAUUGGGGAGUUGGGGGUUUUAUUUCUUUCCAUUUGAAAAUAGGAAAAAGAAAAGGGAAAACUCGGGCCAUUUUUUUCAGUUAGGGCAUUCCUUUCCUUCUCUCGCUGGAAGGCCCAAAAACCUUGAAACGAAGCCAACUGCAGUAAAAAACCCCGCCACCGUGUGCUUCCCCUCUCUUCCUUCUUCCCGCUCGCUACCGCCGCCGUUCAGUCGACCUAUUCUCUUCCUCCGUUCAGCCUCUGAAUCUCGCUUGCGCCUCCACCAUCAUCAUUAUGAUCAGAGGAGGGAGGAACUACGUGUCUUCGCCGCCGGUUUUCUCCAACGACUCCAAACGCCUCUUGGUUUGCGCCGGCAACUCCGUCGCCGUCUUCAGCACAGACACCGGCUUGCAGGUAGCGUCGUUAGACGGCCAUGCGGCGCUUGUGACGGCGGUGAUAGUGGUGCCGGCCAGCACUCCAGGGAGUAAGAUACUGUGCUUUUGCUGGACGGCUUCACUCGAUGGAACCAUUCGGUAUUGGGAUUUCGCGGUUCCGGAGAUGAUUAGGAGUGUUGAUAUUAAGCUUCCUGUUCACUCCAUGGUGAUUCCCUCUUUGUUUAACCAUUUAGUGGAAAAGAGUGAAAAGGCCGUAAAAUCUUUCGCUUACAUUUGUGUUGAAGCUAAAGAAGAAGCAGAAGAUAGGGCUAAAGGCUUAUUUCAAGUCAGAAAAUGUAAUUUAACCGACGCUCGUUUGGUAGGAGGAGCAGUAUUGGCAGAGAUGAAGAAACCAGAGAUAAUUACAAUGAGCUCUUGUGGUGAACUUUUGGGUGUCCGGAGAAAGCGUAAGCUUGACAUAUGGAAAGUGCCAUCUACUGAUUCUGGUCGUACAGUGCUCAAGAAGAUUACCCUACAUCAUACAAAGGCCCUGACGGUUAUUGCGUUCCAUCCUACCGAGAGAAUUCUUGCUGCAGGUGAUGCGACUGGGAGAAUUAUGAUAUGGAGAGGUUUUGGAAACAAAACGUUUGCCAUGGCCAAUGGGCAUGUAAAUGGAAGUUCAAUGAUUACGGAUGAAGAAAAUCCUGGUGUGAGGGGUAGUGAUGACGCUGAGUCAUGUACAACAUGGCACUGGCACCCUGCUCAAGUGAAUUUGCUCUCCUUCUCUUCUGAUGGAGCUUAUUUACUUUCAGGGGGGAAAGAAGGUGUUCUUGUAGUCUGGCAGGUGGACACUGGGAAGAAGAAAUUUUUACCGCGAAUCGGAUCUCCACUCUUACAUUUUACAGACUCUCCAGAUCCUUCAUUUUCAUCAAUAUCUUGUGCAGAUAAUCAGAUCCAUCUAGUUAGAAGGCCUUCAAUGGAAAUCUUGAAGUCUAUCUCUGGAAUAAAGCUUCCAUAUUCGCAUCCAGAGAUAUCCAAGGGUAUGUCAAGUGGGGUUUCCUUUGAUCAGAAUGCUGGCUUGGUUGCCUUACGCACCGAGAGUUAUGCAGUCCAGUUAUACAGCCUUUUUGAUGAUCGCGGAAUUUCAGAGGUUCAAGUUUAUGAGAGAAAUCACCAACCAGUUGAUGAAGUCACGAUAGUUGUGACAUCUGUAGUUCUAUCUCUAGAUGGUUCUAUGUUGUGUACUUCUGAGGUGAGACUGCCGGAAGAUGGUUUGGGACACCUUGUUUGCCUUAAGUUUUGGUUCUCAAAGUCGAAGGCUGGAGAUUUCAGCUUGUCAACCAUUGUUUAUGAACCACACAGGGAUGCUGGAAUUUCUGCUAUCGUAUUUCAUCCCAACCGUCGAAUGGCUGUCAGCUCAUCUUUUGGUGGGGACUUUAAGAUUUGGACUUCCAACAGUGGGGUUCCCAUGAAAGAAGAAAGUCAGCCAAAUUCCGGAUGGAUUUGCCAUGCAGUUGGCUCCUACAAAAAAAAGCCAAUGACAGCAGCUGCUUUCUCCCCUGAUGGUUCUGUUCUGGCUGUUGCAGCUGAAACUGUUAUCACAUUGUGGGACCCUGAUAAGAACCUUCUUGUGGCUGUAAUUGGCGAAGCUAUUAUGCCAAUCGUUGCCCUCUCGUUUGUUGGCAACUCGGACCAUCUUGUAUCGGCAUCUUGGGGUUCAAAGCCACAACUUGCUGUUUGGAGUCUGUUGAAUCUCUCCACAUGUUGGUCUUACAGGCUCCACGUAGAAGCUAUAGCCAGUUCUCCGGAUAGUUCCUCUUUUGCUGCUCUCGUCCUCCUUUCGGAUUCGGGUGGAGUCUACGACCCUAAUGAAAAAUCGCAUAAAACAGUAGAUGGGUUGAUCUUGUUAUUCAAUUCUGCCGAACCGAAUCCUGUGGCUGUAUGGUCAGUCAAGAAGGCCAAAGGUGGCGCACUAGCGUUCAUCAGAAAUCAGUCUUCCGAUGAAGAGAGCUCAUCCGACCAGCAACAGGCUGCUCAAACACUGUUUGCAUACAUGAAUGCCGAUCACGAGUAUGUACUGUUCGAUCCACACGGGACGGAAGCAGAAGAACUAAGCGUAACACGAUGGAAGAGUCAAAGCAGCCCCGAAGAAUCUGGGCAAGUUGGUUAUGCGUCUCUCUACGGUGAGCUACUGCCGCCAAUUCCGUCGAGAAAACACACUCCGUGGUCUGUCCCAUCUUUCCCGACCGAAAGGCCUUGGGAGACAAUAUUCAGCGGACCAUCACACAAUCUUCCACCCCUUACUCUAUUAUGUGGCCCAUUUUUGGAAGCACUUUUCGAGAAAAGAACUGCAGUCGAAGAAUGAAUUGCCAAACGUCUCUCUACGCCACAGUUUUCAGUUGCAAUGAAGAAUCAAUCAACAAGUUAUUUUACUGCACCAGGACGACAGACUUGAGGCCUCCAUUGAUGGGGCGAGAUCUUUGGCCGUAGGGAUCACAGCUCCUCGUCCAUCGUAUACGAAAGCAGAGCACUUGGAAGUGCUGGAAUCUUGUAACAUUAUCUAUUCGAGAGAACACGGUAGAGGUUAUUAGGAAAUUCAAUACCGUAUUUUAAGGUUUGUACCUCGAUUUUGUUAUAUUAUAAUCAAUGGUGAAGAACAAAGAGGAACUAGGAAAUUCACUAUAGGCAAGGGUGUUUAGAUUCAUUGCGCGUCGUAUUGUUUCGUUGCGUACCCCCAAGUUUGUAAUUGCUAUGUGUGAUGAACAACUUCAGGGUAAGCUUCUAUGACAUCUUCUCAAGUUCAUCUCAUUUCCUCAACCCGAUAUGGUAGCAUCUUGAAAAUUGUUUUGCGCUGAAAGAUCUCAAGCGUCUACUUCAUGCAUCAUCUACUAAACUGUAGAGACAGAUUUUGUACUAUCAUAAUUCUGUUCUGCAUUGAACGUUUCACUCCAUUUGUUCGAUCGAUCUAAUGUCUCCAACAAAAAGCAUUUUUGUCGAAGGUACAAGAAUUAAGGUAUACAAUGUCG